AUGGAUCUGGGAGAUGCCUCCUUUAGACAGAUUCAGACAAGCUGGCAGCAAGAGAUUCUGCUCUGGGGCAGCGUUAGAACACUGUGUGACACAGCCACUGACGGCGGGGGAUGGGUCACAAUACAGAGACGGACAAACAGCGACAUCAACUUCUUCAGAAACUGGAUAGAAUACAAGAAAGGCUUUGGGAAUCUUUACACCGGCUUCUGGAUCGGCAAUGAUAACAUCCACAAACUGACCUUACAGGGAUUCAACGAACUUCGAGUUGAGUUGAUGUUCAACGGAAAACCCUACUUCGCCCUGUACUCCAGCUUUUCCGUGGCCAGCGAGGAGAUGAAGUACCAACUAUCAGUGAGUGGGUACUCUGGGACAGCUGGGGACAGUCUGCAAUUUCACAACAAGAUGUUUUUCACCACUUUUGACAGAGAUAACGACAAGACCACCGUUGUUUGCACACAUAGAUGGUGGGGGGCAUGGUGGUACAAAAAUUGUUAUGAUGCUAACCUGAACGGUAUGUGGGGCAGACAUGAUGGUACUGGCCUCAGCUGGGAGACACUGAGUGGAGAUAGCGGGGUCGAGUUCUCAGAGAUGAAGCUGCGCAGGGUUGAGAUGACGGGGUCGAGUUCUCAGAGAUGA